UUCUUUCUUCGACGUUAGCAAAAAAGAGAGAUUUCUGCGGCUGCCCACACUUCGAUUUCAAAUUUCAAGCUUCCGAGACUUUGAAGAAUGGUGAGAAUCAGUGUGCUUAACGAUGCUUUGAAGAGUAUGUACAAUGCGGAGAAGAGAGGGAAGAGACAGGUCAUGAUCAGGCCUUCUUCCAAAGUCAUCAUUAAGUUUCUCACUGUCAUGCAGAAACACGGUUACAUUGGUGAGUUUGAGUUUGUUGAUGACCACAGGUCUGGUAAGAUUGUGGUUGAGCUUAACGGGAGACUUAACAAAUGUGGAGUCAUCAGUCCUCGUUUCGAUGUCGGUGUUAAGGAGAUUGAAGGAUGGACCGCUCGUCUUCUUCCUUCCCGACAGUUUGGUUACAUUGUUCUUACAACCUCUGCCGGUAUCAUGGACCACGAAGAAGCCAGGAGGAAGAAUGUUGGUGGCAAGGUUCUUGGAUUCUUUUACUGA